UUGAGAACUACCUUCAAAUCAUUAAAAGAAUGAUCAGAAAGCCAAAAUACCCACUUCAACAAGUAAUUCGUAGGUUGUCAGAAAAAAAAUGUGCUGGGCAAUCCAAGCAGUUGAAAAGAGGUUGCAAAAAGGAGCACUUCUCUGGGCCUUUACCUGCCAAUAUCCUCCCAUGUUUCAGGCAGUUUAAGGAAUUGCACAUGGACACCUUUAUGAUUUCUGUUAACACAGGUGACAAUGCCAUUCUUGUUGACCAAAACAUUUUUCUUGUAAAAAAUAUCAUUGUUGUUGACGACGUUACAAGCUUGGUUUGCCAAAAGUUUUCUGUAAAAGUCCCUUUCUUUCAAUAUCCUGUAGAUUCUCUUAAGAUAAAUAUAGCAUUUGUUAAAGAUCCACAACAUUAUAUUGUUCAUUUACCAGUGCCUGAUAUUUCUGCCAAAGUUGUUCUUUUGCCUUACAAUGAUGGGUUUGUGGCAUUUCCAUUAAAUCAUACCUUAGAGAUAAUGUAAUAAUUGGUGCACAAUAUCCUAAUUUAUUCAGUUUUAAUUCCAUUUCAGUUCUACUCCGUAUGUACUGUAGAUAUUGAUGAUUUAUCACUAUGAUCUGGUUCAGUCUUAUUUAGCAAAAUCAGCUUGGUUGUACUUUUUGUUGUUAGGACAUUUACAGUAAUAUAUUUCUGGUUUUUGGUGGCUUUUUCAAGUUUAUUUCACUCCAAUACCAUGUUAUUUUUUUAGAAUAACAAUGUAUGCAGUGGUUUUGUUCAAGGAAACUGAGGAGGUGGAAGUUGUACCAUCAGUUUGGUUGAAUGUGGAUAAACUUUUGUGCCUGUGGCCUUCUUAUAAAAGUACUGUAAGAGUUCGAAAAGCAGUGGAGCUUCAGGAGACACCCACCGAGACAUGGGACAAACACGAAGUACGGGUGCUUCAUGAGACAGUGACAUAUGAGAAGGCGCGCAAGAAACUGAGAAGGGCAACCGAAACAUCCGAUCUGAACACCACAGAUGAUGAACAAACACGGAAGCGGAAACCCUCUACAAAGCUGUCAUUUCUAGAAGAUGAAGAAGAUUUUUCCAUAAGCAAGAAUGUGAGAUCAUCACAAAGGAUGCCACUCUUGCCAACUCCACCUUUGUUUCCAACAACAGUAGCAUCACCCAGCAGCAGCAGCAGCAGCAGCAGCAGCAAGAACACCAGCAACAGUGAAGAUGGAAAUAUCAGCAGUGAUGACAGGAACUACAACAGCAACACCAGCAGCAAUGACACUGGAACUGGGAACAGGGACAAGAGCAGCUAUGUGCCUCUAUCAGACAGGGAUAGGAUGAUCUUCACCAUUUUAGAAGAAAUCAAGGGCCAGGGGAGACAAAACACCCUGAUGCUUCAGGCACUUCUCAAGCGGCAGCCUCAUGUAGAGCAAGAGCAUGGCAGCCUGCGCCUGGACGAAUUCCGGUUUCCUCUUGACACCAAGGAGGACAUUGACAGAGUGGAGAGGAUGUUAAUGGACCAGGCUACAGAAAAGGCACUGAUCACACACAUUUGUAGUCUUGGCGGCACCACAGCCGAUGACAUCAUCAGGCGCAUGAUGAGUCAUGUGCUGACCAACAAUCUGGCCAGAGGAUACAACUGGCUGGGGCGGGGAAACAAGAGCCCCUUUUCUGUCCUUGCACUGGCGAGAGUAAUCAAAGCUGCAGCCAAGAAGUCUUCUGUCACGGAGGCAGACACAGAGGCCAGGAUGAGGAGCUGGCUAAAGUACAGUGGAGACCGGGAUGGGGGGCGGAAGAGGAGGGCAGAAAAGAAAAAGGAUGCAGAGCCUGCAAAUGCUGCUACAAUUGCUGCUGCUAGUGCUGCCAGUGACAUUGAAGAAGAUUAAGAGAUUGUUUGAGCCAUCUUUUUGCAUUCUAGACAGAUAUUUGAACACAAAUAAGCUUAAUAAACACUGUUGAAUGUAAAGCUAGUUGUUUCUUUUUUCUUUCUUUCUCAAAUUCAAUUUGUUAUAG